UUUCUACCAUUAUACAUUACAAAUGGACAUCAUAUAUUUUCUUUGCUCUAAUCUAUUUUGAUUUUUUUUUCAGUUUAUUCAGAUCAAACUAAUUAGCCUUUUGUUAUUUAUGUUUCAUUUACUUCAUUUCAUUUCCAUUCUUUUCUCAUUGCCUUCAUCAGUCCCGAGCUGCCCAUAUGAGGCACUCUGUGAACCUAAGAAAACUGCGGCUGGAACCUUCAGUGGCGAUUCAUACUUCUACUACGACCUGAGCAAAGGUGAAGAAAUAGCCAGCGACAAUGACGACAUCACAUUUGAUUUUAGGACGCAGCAUCCAAACGGACUUAUAUUGGGGGCUACGGACGAUGAUUAUAUAUAUGUGGCAUUGUCGGAUGGGCACUUGCAUGUGAAGUUCAAUCUAGGAUCUGGAGCAUUUGAUGAGAAAAUGGGCUUACAGUCAUUAUCUGACAACAAUUGGCAUCGUGUUUACAUUCAACGUAAACGACAAAAUGUUGUCGUAAAAAUAAAUGACACUUUGAUUGAAGAAGGCACAACUAAAGGGGACUUUUCAACAUUAUCAAUAGCCAAUAAGUUCUACGUUGGAGGCUGUCCAAUGUCGCUCUUUGAUAACACUGAUAAUUUUAGAGGCAAUAUUCGAGGGCUUUUCUACAAGGCCUCUAAUAUGGAUCUUCCAUUGCUAGAUCUUGCUGAAGCCGGAGAUCCAAAGGUGACGAUUGUUGGUGAUUUGGUUAUUGGGAUUGAGGAUGUCGAGGACUUAGAUCCAAUCACCUUCCGAACGCCUGAGUCAGUUUUAGUUGUCCCUAAGUGGGAGGCACGUGUAAAUGGUGCAUCAUUGUCAUUCAGUUUCCGAACUAUUGAGCCAAAUGGACUUCUAAUGUACAGUAUGGGGUCCGAGACCAACGGAGACUUCUUUGGUGUUGAACUGUUUGAAGGUCGUUUAUUUGUUAUCAUCAAUUUGGGCGGUGGUAUAACACGUUUCAUGCCUUAUAGUAAAUUAUUUAACGACGGCUAUUGGCAUAAUGUUGUCAUAACAAGAAUGGGAGUCGCUACAAAAGUCCAGGUUGAACUGGAAGAAGCUAAAACGAUAACAGACAAAGAAAACUCUAAGAUUCUAAAUUUGGAGGAUGACUUGUUCCUUGGUGGUGUGGAUAACCGUGAAAAUGCAAGGCCAUUACCAAUGGAAGUAUUUUCCAUAACUAGACAACCAGGUUAUGUCGGCUGCAUGCGUAACCUAGUACUUAACGGACUAUCGUACAACAUUGCUGGAGAGGUCCAACAGCAAAACGUCAAAGGCAUUAUGAUUAUGUGUAAAAGCAUGUCUCCAAUGUGCAAAGAGGGGCUGUGUCGGAAUGGGGGACAAUGUUCGGAGGGUUGGAACCGAUUCAUAUGUGAUUGCUCAAUGACUGACUACAUUGGAAAGGAAUGUGAUUAUAGGCAUACAUGGGCAACAGAUGCAACAGUGUUGUCAUUCAAUGGCAACCAAUCAUUACUGGUUGAUUUUGGCAAUGACCUGCAGACAAAGGCCGAAGACAUCACAAUACGUUUCAAAACUUACCGACCAUCAUGCGCCCUUCUGACCAUCUAUACGUAUAAUGCUGUUGAUGUGCUGAAACUGGAGCUUGUCGGCAGUAAGGUGGUGUUCUCCAUCAACUUAGGCUCUGGAGAUGAUACUUCACCAAUUGGAGAGGACUUAGCAGAUGGGAAUUGGCACACUAUUAAACUGCGACGAAAGCAGCGAGAAUUAAUUGUUAUUCUAGAUGGUGGGGAGGAGAGGAUUCAAAACCUAACCAGUACUGACUCAGCAAUGAAUCUUACAAGCGGAGAUUUGGAAAAAGCAUCAACAAAAAUACUUGAUUUUCGGUUCAUCGAGUUGGGAAUGAAUACAAGACAGUAUUCUGUAGAUCCGUCACAACUCAGUAAAAGGGUUCCAUUUGUCGGUCUUAUUGAGCAGUUUGUAUUUAACAGCAGAGACUUCAUUGAAAUGGCAAGUGAAGAUCCAGUUGACAGUAUUGUCAUAAAGAAUACAGCUUCAUUUGGUUCCUCCAUUGAUAAACGCUCGAUACAAAAACCUAUCACUUUUAAAACUAAAGGUUCCUACAUCUCACAACCAUCUCCCUCUACCUAUCCAAGCCUUGGCAUCUUUUUCCAUUUUCGUACAAUGGAACCCAAUGGUCUAAUGCUUUUUAACCAAGGUGAAGGAAAGGACUUCAUUGCUGUGGAAUUAGUUAAUGGCUACUUGCAUUAUCUGUAUGAUUUUGGAGAUCAACCGGUUACUUUGAAAGCAAAUACUCCUGGACCAUUGAACGACAACCAAUGGCACGAGGUGGACAUAUCAAGUAACAUCUUGACAAGGUUCAAAGUUGACAACUCUAUUAACAGCAAAACUUUGACCUCACCUUCAGCGCGUCGUUUGGACCUUAUUGGAGACAUAUACUUUGGUGGCGUUCCCAUUUCGAAGUAUAAUUCUUUACCAGAAGUAAUCAAAUCAAGGGAUGGAUAUCAUGGUUGUUUUGCUUCUCUGGAGGUCGACGGUCAUUUCCGAGAUAUGAUGCUCUAUGGAUCUAAUAUUCCCGAUACUGUUGUAAAGGGUUGUAAUGCUCGAGUAGUGGAAUGUACUGAUUACAUGUGUCUUAAUGGCGGAGAAUGCAAGGAAUCAUGGGAAAAUGUUUACUGUGACUGUUCUACCACUAGUUAUCAAGGAGAUCGCUGCGAAGAAGCUGGUACAACAUACAUGUUUGGAAGCUAUGGAGGUCUUAUUAGUCUUGAAUAUACAUCUGCUGAUUGGGAGACUACUGAAGAAAAUGAUAUCACAUUUGGGUUUGCAACCUACUCCGAAAAUGCUGUAUUAAUGAGGAUAGAAAGCGCAACUCAAGCUGAUUUCAUUGAAAUAAAUAUGGAUAAUGGUAUUAUAGUUGCUGUUUAUCAGUUAAGCAAUGUAGCAGAAGCAGAGUCCCGAUUAGCCACUUCUAGCAAGAAAUUUAACGAUGGAGAAUUCCAUGUUGUUCGUUUUUAUCGUAAAGGGAGUAAUGCAACCCUCAUAAUGGAUCAGAUUGUCAGAGAUACUCGAACUGACAGAGCUUCGGAAGCAUCUGUGUUUGAUGAUCAAGCUAAGAUAUAUAUUGGAGGAAGAAUUCCAAAAGAAGGGCGGAGGAAGCGGCGACAAGUUGAAAGUGUUUUUGUUGGUGUUCUAUCUGGAGCUAAAGUAAACAAGAUUAAGCCAUUACAGUUAGCUGCAUCAGGUCACCCUAGAACUGGAAUACAAGGAAAUGUGACACUUAUUCCAAAUGCAACAAGUUUCCUGGAAAAUUCUCUCACUCUGCCAACACCAGUCUUGCCUGGCCCUGGCCCAGAUGUGAGAACAACAAAUAACCCUGUUCAGAGUUCACCUGCAGAAUCUUCAGAUAUUUUCACUGCCACCAUUGAAUGCAAUGAUGAUGAGGAAUGCGAGACUUCAAGUGGUUCAGGAAUGGAUGGCUUGUUUUCACCAGCAUCAGGCAACCCAAGACCCUCUGGUAAACCAAUCGAGGAUUCUUCUGCAACUGUAUCUGAUCGAAUAGUAACAACACCAGUUUUUAUAUGUGCUGAUGGUGAUGAUGAGGAUUGCUUGGAUAAUGAAGGCUCUGGUUCCUCCAAAAACCCAUUCAUCAGUAAAACACCAGAUGAUAACAUCAUAAUUCCUACCAUUGUUGGUGGCAAAGGUUCAAUGCCGAUGAGUCCUGGAACAAAUCCUAGUAGGCUGCCCUCAGUUGCACCUACUAUUGGAGCGCCUCCUCUACAGAGCACAUCAUUUAUUGAACAAACCGGGAUGAUCAUAGGUAUAGCAGCAGGGGGUGUUGUCAUCAUGCUUCUAGUUAUUCUUUUAUUAUACAAAUAUAGAAAUCGUAGCGAAGGCUCUUAUAAAAUUAACGAAAGUCGUAAUUUUGAUCUACAAACUGUACGGUCAGCUUUAUUGCCUGCACGUAAUGGUACCAUUCCAGCAAAAGCACCAAAAUCGCAACUUCCACCAGGAUAUGCCUCAAAAGAAUGGUAUGUCUAAUGAAGUAGGCAUGGAAAUUUCAAUUAAAUAUCAAUAGUACAAGAUCAGUGCUUUUAAAUGCACUGUAUCUACUUCAAUUUAUAUAUAUAUGUAUGAUUAAACCCACAUUUUUAAAAAAAAUAUAUAAAAUGCUACAUUAUAGUGUGAGUGAUAUUUAUAUAUAACCAACCAGAUUUAUUUAAUUUAAUUGUUUGGCUAUUAUAUAUAGUAUGAAAUAUAUAAGCCAACAUUUUUUGUGAUUUUUCAACAGUUUUUGUGAAGAUGUAUAUUGUAAAAAAAUAAAUCAAAUACUUUAUUUUUUAUUAUUACUAACUCAAUGUAAAUCUGAAGUCACUGCUUUUGCGUUGGUAAAUAAUAACUCAGCAAAUAGUGUGGCCCAGUGAAAUAAAUGUUAUAUGGGAGAGAUUGAGAACUAUAAUAAAAUCCAAUCCAACUGGCAGAUCCAGAAGGAGGAUUAAACACCACCUCCAUUCUCAAAAUUUGUCCACUGUUUUUAAAAUAAUGUAUAUGGCACAUUUACCUAAAAAGACAAUCAACCCUUUAAUAGUUUGUUGGUCACCAGCGUUAUUAAAGUUUAAGUUGAUGAAUUUUAAUUUGAGAUAAGGCCACUCAAGGAUGUAUGUUUACAUCUUAGAGUAAUUCAAAUAGGAUAAUUAAUAUGGUCCCAAUUACAAUUAAGGUUGGCCCAUGAAUGCACUGUAGUUUUAUAUGAGAAGAGCUUGUAAACAAAAAUGAGAGAAUUAACAGCUAAAUUGGUACCAUCAGUCUAAGUCAGAUCAGGUGCAAUAGCAAAUGUUGACCUUUGAUUGGAUAAUGUCAUAAAGCUGUAUGAGUUAUCCACCUUUUUACAUACGUUGAUUUAUUUCAAUGAUUGUUGUACAGAUAAUUUAAUUAAUAUAUGCAAGAGGAGCAAUAGAGAGCUUUGUAAAAUUAGAUUUGCAAAGUCUGAACAAAUAACAGCCUGAUUUUUAAGUUGUUAUGUGGGCUUUUUUUCUGCACAGUUGCCAUUUCUCGACAUGUACACAUGUAAAUGAGCCAUAUAUGUUGUUGAAAUUUCGUAGUAAAGUUGCAAGUAUUGUAGUUAUGAAACUUUAUUUUUUGCCAUGUGAUGGUAGUAACUUUAGUGUUCAACAGUUUGCUAUAAAAUGAAAAAUAUAAAACAAGCAGUGCAAUGAGUGUACCCUCUAAUUCAAGACCACCUUUAAGACCUGAAAAUUUGGGGUUGUGUCGGAGGUUGUUCAGUUAAAGUGUAUUUGUGCUAAAAAAUAAAGAUUGUUAGUUAGAACUUCAAAAUAGAGUCUUGAAAUUAAAGGGGUCUGAAAAUUGGAGGAUGAACUGUAUUAAUAUGUUUAGUAUAGGAGUGUGUUCAUGUCACUAAUUAUCAUUUUUAUAUAUAAAAUGUAUAAAAAUGUGAAGAUGUGUAGCAGUAAAACUAAAAAAACAUAGACAAAUAAUCUAUUUAAUUUAUCACUUUGUAUCAAACCUUUUUUGAGAUAAGGCCAAAUGCAAAGUAAAUUUGUUUUUCUUGUCUGAGGAGGAGGAUUAAUACAAUUAUGUACAGUACAUACCCUUGUAUACCUAAGCUAUUAUGUCAGGCUUUAGACUUUCAUGGUUAUGCUUGCUGUGUGAAUGCUUAAAUCAGGGAAUGGACUAGUUCCCCACCCCCUUCAAGAAAAAAAUGUAAGGGUGGUAAACAUCAACAAUCUUUUUUUUUUCAUUUGGCCUUAUAAAAAAGAAGUACUAAUUUACACAUAUUCUUUUGUUUAUUUAUGUAACUGUUUCUUUAUAAAUGUUUACAUAUUGAUACUGAUUUAUCCAUGCAUAGUAAUCACGGCCUUUGCGAAAGUUAAAGGUUAUGCAUUUAUACCACACAAAAUAUGAGGGUCUCUAUGUGCAAAAACAAGGAAAGAACCCCAAGUCUUGUUUCAUUUGGCCUUAUAAAAAGGAGUACUGUAUUAAUAUACACAUAUUCUUGUAUAUAUAUACAAGUUUCUUUAUGAUGUGUUCAUGUUGGUACGGAAUUAUCCACAAUGAAUGCUUUUUGGUAAGCAUACAUGGUAUGGAUAUGUUGCAAGACCAUCAAAGUGAUAGAAAAGAAAGGUGAGAGGGCAGGACCUCUAAUAGUGCCUAAACAUCAUGUCAUGUAGAAUAGGGAUUCUACCCUCAGAUAAGGUACACGGUAUGGCCACUACUUCUGGUGCAUUAACUCAUUUCAAUGUGACAUGUGUGCACUUGUAAGGUGUGCUAACAGCAACUAACCUGGCACCUUGUCUCCUGCGUGUGCUCUGAAAUACUUAUCUGUAGUUGCAGUUGUCAGGAUUUCAAUUAUUCCUGUUUUUAAUUAAUGUUGUAAGCACAAAUAGAUAGCUUAUAAAAUAAGACAAUGAUGAUCAAUUUCUAUGAUUUCUAGUUAUGUACAUUUAUAGAUAUUAUGAAUAUAUAUAUAUUUUUUUUUUCAAAGUUACAUUGUUGAUUUUUGUAGAACCUCUUUAUUAAAGAGUAAUCACAAUAUAAUGUGAAUGGUAUGGUUUUUUUUUUUAUUUAAAUGAUUAUUUUUAACAAAUUUGUUUCAAGAGUUUGCCGAAAUGCAAUAUCCUGUCCAUUAGUAGCUGCCAGUUAUACCAAGCAAAAUAUUGUACUGGUGCCAAGAACUGGUAUGUGAGAAUUGAAUUAAAAUUCAGAUUAUAUUAUAUUGGAAUUAGUACUUGUUUAGAUCAUAAGAGCAUACUUGAUUGUAGUUCCUGCUAAUAUGAUUAUCUUUAUUGUUAUUAUUAAUUUAAUGUUAUUAUUGUUAUUAUUAUUUAUAUAAUUUGUGUUUUUUUAAUGUAGACUAAUUGAAUAUAUCUUGUUGAGGCAAUUUUGGUCAUAAUUUUCAAAUAGAAAGCGGAUUUCUCUCCAUAUGGAUCUGUAUUGGCGGAUUCUCAGACAGUUCAUUUGAACAGUUUUACACAAAUUUCAAGCAUAUGAUUAUUCCAAAGAUUGAAUUUGAUUAUUUCAACAUAGUAUUAUAUGAAUAUGUAUGUUAUAAUUGUAUAAUUAUUUUUUUUAUUAUUUAGAUUAUUAAUGCUAUUAAUGGAAAUUAUUGAAAGCAACAAAGUGCUAAGAGUGUAAUUUAAAAUUAUUUAAUGACAAUUUCCAUGUGGAAUCCUGACAUAAUUUAGAUAAACAUGUAAUGACUUUUUUCAUUUGCUAAUUGUUUAAAUUUUGUUUCUAAUGUCAGUUCUAAUGCAUGUGCGAGGAAAUGAUGUAUGUGUUUUCAUAAAUCUUCAAUACUUGCUUUUCGAAAUACAUUUCUUUCUAAAUUGAAUCCUAAGAUAAUUGUGAAAAAAACAUUAGUCACCUUUUACUUAUAUUAAUAAAACUCCUUCGGAUGUUUGAAUAAGGGGUUGCGAAGUAUCCAUUCAAAGUCAAACUCCUGUUGGUAUUUAAUUUAAAAAAUAGAAAUCUAAAAAUCUUUUUUUCUCGGGGUAACUUAUAUUGAUGCUGGCAUAAUCUUUCAGUUCUGAGUUUAAAGAAAUAGAAAUUUAUUUGGCAAAAUAUCAAAACAAUUUUAGAUAUUUUAGACAAAUAUAUUUUUAAUAUCAGAAUUAAAUAUAAAAUAUAAGGUAAAAAUUUAAUUCAUUCUUUUAUAUUAUGUGAUUAAAUAUUAAAUACAAAAUAAAAUAUUAAUGUGGAAAUAGGCUAAAAUUAAUGAUAAAUGGAAAAGAAAGUAUUCAUAAUACCUUUCUUUCUGGUAACAUCUGAUAUCAGAUAUUUUUAUAUCCCAUUUGGAAGGCUUAUGUAAAAUAAAAUUUAAAUUUCAUAUAUUAAUCAAAUUUAAAUUUGAUAUUAAGAAAUUAAAGUUAAUUGCAAUUUUUAAUUGCUAAUCAAAAUGAUCAUGUUUGUAUCCAUUUUCGAAUGAGACAUUGAUUAAAAAUAAGUGAUUGAUUGAUUACUGUAAUUAGGUAGUUGUUUGAAUAAUUCAAUGAUUGCUAAAAAUAUAGAAUCAUUGAAUUUAAGGAGGGGAUAAUUAUUCAUUGUUUUUUUGUUGAUAAUAUCUUAUACUUAGCUCUUCAAACCUUUGGCAGUUUUGAUAGUUUACCAUAAAAACCUGUCCAGACAUGCCUAAAUAUGGUGAUGAUGACAUCACAUCAUGACCAUAUAUAGACACAUCAUGACUAUAUAUGGGCAUUCAUCAUUUUUGAUAAUCUGGACAGAGCUUAUAAGUACACCAAAUAUGACUAUGAAUUAAAAUAGGGCCAAGAAAAAAAAUUAUUGUGUUAGCCACGCCCGACCAACCCAAAUUUUACGAAAUUAUGGGUCAGCAUUUUAGUUUGUUUGUUUUUUUUUUUGAUGACAAACAAUAUUUUUUUAUGAGUAAAUAAGGCUGGAAUAGCCUUGGUGAGGUUAAGGGGCCAAGGCUAGCCUAUUUUUCUGGAUGGUACACGAUGCGAAUCCAAAAU